AUGAGGUACUAUUCCCGGUUCAAACACUUUUCCCAUCUCCUGAAAACCGUAAGUCCACAUCAAAACCCUCCCUUUGCUUCCGCACGGAUCUCGACCUUGCCAAACGCUCAACCCCGACUGCGCCCCUCCCACGCGCGCGACUACUGUGGUGCGUCGCCGUCGCACGGUUCGGAGAAGGUAGCGGCAAUCGUGGACGAGGUGAUUGGACUAACGUUGCUGGAAGUGAUGGACCUUGUGGAGGUGCUGCGAGAGAAGCGCGGCGUCAACGAGCUUCCGAUCAUGAUGAUGAUGAUGGUGCCGGGGAUGGGGGUGCGGGGCGUGCCCAGGGGCGCGCCGAAGAGUGUUGGUGGCGGAGAGGGAGCGGAGGUAAAGGUGGCGGAGAAGACGGCGUUUGAUUUGAAGCUUGAGGGGUUCGAUGCGGCGGGUAAGAUCAAGGUGAUUAAGGAGGUGAGGACGUUCACGAGUUUGGGGUUGAAGGAAGCUAAGGAUUUGGUGGAGAAGGUGCCUGCGGUGUUGAAGAAAGGCGUCACGAAAGAAGAAGCCGAGAACAUCAUUGCCAAGAUGAAGGAGGUUGGCGCAAAGGUUUCCAUGGAAUAG